ACCUGUGUAAAGGAAGGAUUGUCUUCAGCUUUUCCUGUUUAAUAUGGACUACAAAUGAGUCAAAGGCUCCAGGAUGGGAAGGAACCAACUUGAGGGCAUGUGUUUAUAUGACAUCAAUACUAGUUUGUGAUGAGUACCUUCCUUUCUCUCUGAAUAUGGUCUUUUCUAUUGUAAAUCUGUCUUUCUUGGAGAAAAGGCUGAAUCUUCCUGGAUUUUAGGCAUUAUCUGGUGAUCACAUUAAAGCUUGUCUGAGCAGAAAUCGUUGUGCUCUCUGUGUAGUUAAUGCCCUGUUUUUUGGUUGUAGCCACCUUUGUAAUUAGCAUGGAUGGGACAGGUCAUAAACCCAGAGUGUUUUAUCUGAAUCACCAAGGGGAAGACCAUUAAGGUUUGGAGAGUGUAGAAAGGACAGAAUUUCCAGCUGGGAAUGAUCUGAAACAUUUUACCUAUAUCACCUUGUGGUGGCAUAUGGUUGCAGUUUAUAAAUUCCAACAAGCUGAUCAGUAGAUGCAGGAGGAUGUGACUAUCUUAGGAUCUUGAUGUGAAGAAGAUCUUGAUGAAACGCUGGUGAGGAAGACCUUUUCACCUUUGGGGUGUUACUUGCUCUUCCAUGUCCUUAGUCCAACGUCAUAUUCACCACAUGCUUGAAGACCAGUGUGUUGAGAGGAUGGAUCCCAGUGAGUCUGUCACAGGUAACUGGAGGAUGUUACUGCAGAAAUGACAAAGGAAAAUGCUUCUGUGUUGUAACUUGUUCCAUCAGUCUCCCAUUCGAACAAGCUUGAGCACAUUUCAAGUGAGGGUGACUUGUUGGGCUGUUGAACAAGAAGGAACUCCAGAGUGAAGAAUAGCAUGGGGAUACUCUAUUCAGAGCCCAUCUGUCAGGCAGCUUAUAACAACGAUUUCAACAAAGUUCAUCUCCUUUUGGAGCGCAACAGCAGCUAUUUGAAUGUCCAGGACAGCUUCCUUGGAGACACCCCCUUAAUUUGUGCAUGUAGACAAGGAAACAACAGGAUUGUUAACUAUCUUCUUAGGAAACAUGCUGAUGUCAACCUCAGAAAUAAGAAGGACUGCACUUGCCUCCAUUAUGCCGUGAGGAAACGGUUCACCUUCCUUGACUAUGUGCUCAUCAUAAUCCUCAUGCCAGUUAUGCUUAUCGGAUACCUUCUCAUGGUCUCAAAGACAAAACAGAAUGAACACCUGGUCAAGAUGUUGCUUAGAGCUGGAGUCGAUGUGAAUGCUACAGACUCUUCUGGCAGCACAGCUCUUCACUAUGCUUGUGAAAUGAAAAACCAGGCAGUCAUUCCUCUACUGCUUGAAGCUCAUGCAGACACCUCUAUAAAAAAUCAGGAUGGGGAGACUCCCUUAGAUAUAGCAAGAAGAUUACAGUUCCACAACAUUGAAAGCAUGAUAAGAAAAGAUUCUUAGCCAUCAAGGACUCUCAAACAUGCAGAAAAUUACCUCAUCUGACAAUCCACCUUUCACAAGAGCAGAUAUGCUUCAGAGGAUGAGGGCUGCUACUUGAAAAAGAUUCAGUCCACAUCCACCCAUUCCUUGCUGCAGACUUGAACAAUUUUGUAUGAGAUUUAUCAGUACCCCAAGGCCGUGAAGUUAAUUUUAUUUUACUAAUCCAUGAAUUACUACAAUAGUGU